GUGCCUGAAUCCACAUCGACGGCACCAGUAUAUUUCGUUUUCUUGAAUGAAAACUCUAGUUGACUCAUUUUACGCUUUCUAGAAACAGGUGGACGAAUUGGCACUGGUGACGAUUCAACAUUUGCUGUUUGUCUGUUACUACGCGUCGUUACUCCUGGUGCCAGUGCCGUUCCAAUAGGAGUCGAGUAUAACGAUUCCGGCACGUAGCAGGGUGGUAGAUGAGAACGGCGGGUAGUAGCAACGAUUGGCGACGAUUCUGACGUUAGUGGCUGUCGCGUCCUUACUCCUGGUGCAAGUGGUUCUGGAUCAAGGUCAUCAGAGUCGCUCAAAUCUUGCAGUAGAUCAUAAAGACCAGCAGAAACUGAUCUUGGCGGUGAAGACACUGGUGAGGAUCCACUAUAGUUAUGAGAGAAAAACUCACGCGCUCCUAUUAUCCUUUCUGCGUCAUCGUCAGACUCCAAAUCUGAAUCAUCUGACUCUAAAGGAGGUAAAAGAGUCAGAAUUUUCUUUGACCUCCAUCCUUUUCCCGCCAUAUCGCUGAAAAAAAUGACAUUUAUGAUAUAUAAUACUGUUUAGAAAAGAAUUAUUAUAGCGUUCCAAUAUAGGCAUUGUCCGUUUUUUGUGACAGAUAUGUAUUACACAACAUAAAAGGGUUAUCAGGCAUUGUCCGUUUUUUGUGACAGAUAUGAAAAACACAACAUAAAAGGGUUAUCAGGCAAUGUCCGUUUUUUGGGACAAACAUUAAUAUUACUAAUUUUAGAGUUUGCGGGCAAUGUCCGUUUUUUGUGACACAGGUUUACACGCGAAUCAAGUAGAAAUCACAAGUACUUUUUACAAAAUAACUACUGUUUAAUGUUCUUUAACUGUUAAUGAAACAUAUUUAAUCGCGACAGUGUCGUAAAAUGGAGUAAUACUUACAUUUUCGAUUUUCAAAUGUAGAGCACAAAACAUCAGGUGGACUAUGUGCUCCUUUGUCACCCUUAUCCUAUAAAAAAAAUGUAUUUUAAUGUGUACUUAAAAGUAAUAAAACCAUCGUAUUGUUUUAUUACUUUUAAAUAUACAGACUUGCUAACGAGACUGAGUCCCAUAGUCACUUGAAUAAUUAACGAAAAAAUAUACACGACCAAUGAAAGUUUAACAAUCACUGCCAUAUUUGUAACAGGCAAAGAUCGGAUAAUAUUCAUCCGAUCUUCACUCAAGAGGGGAAACAUCGGAUCUCGGCCUACAGCGAUCUUACCCUUGCAUGGACCAGCUUUAUUUAGCUAUAACUUCAUAAAAAUUAGUAUCCACACAAAAUAAUAACAAAAGAAGCCAUAUUCUCGCUAAAAAUCGUAAAUAAAAGUGAUAGGGAAAGAUCGGAUGGACAAAAAUAAUACAAAAAUUACAUUGUUUUAUAAAAUGCCACGCAGCACAGGUCCCACUUGCCGGAGUGACUGGCGCGAACUGAGGGUCGGGGCAGGAUGAAAUGGCGUCGUGUAGCAUAUUGUUAGCUUUUCAAAAUAUAGCAUAAUUCGCCGGGAAUUUGAAUCCUACGGUCUUGCCCCAUCACCGAUCUUACCCCAACGUACCUUAUAUAUUUAAAUUUUUUUUUUAGUGCCUUCCUCCCCAUUUGGGGGGACUUUUAAAUUUUUUAGUAAUAGUUUUUGGUGCAGAAGCCGUAACGGGACUGGUGUCCGUUACGGGUUUUCGUACAACACCCUGCCAUCAGCAGGGUGUCGGGACUUAGAGAUACAGUGCUAGUGUAUAAGAUCGAAUGUGCUAAUAGGAUGUCCAACCUUUUGGACGUCCAAAGCGAAAUGCUCCGCUUUUUAGCGGAGCGCUUCCCCGACGUAAACCCGGGUGAGCUUAUGCUCACCCCACUCUCGCCGGAACCAUCGCCGGCCCGCGAAGACUCCGAUAUGGAGCACUCCGGCGCAAUGACGCCAGUAGAAGAGGGGUCCAAGGUGACCAUGCCAGCCCGCCGCACCGGGAGCGACGCGCGCAUAGUGGCGAGGCCACCUGCCCCCUCCCCUUCUCCGACCCCUUCUCAGUCUCAAUCUCGGGCUUCCUCCCGCGCGCCCUCUAGGGCCGCGAGUGAGGGCUCUUUCGACUCGGCGGCCUCCUCGGGAGAGGACACCGAAGUGGAAAGGCGCCCCGAGGGUGCAGCAUCCUCAUCCGGUGACGAGGGUUUCACCCUCGUAGAAGGCAGGAAAAGACGACGACCUGCAAAAAAGGCGGACUCCUCCAGGCCGGCGAAGAAAGUCGCCUCGGCCUCCCCCUCCGUUGCAUCCCCCACUCAGGGAGGUAAACCCCCUGUUAACAAAGGGGUAUCGGCAAAGGCAGAUCUGACUACAUAUCUGACCAUAUAUUUCUAGCUUUAUUUUGAUAUUUAAUAUGUUAAUAUUGGAAAUAGUUUGGCUAAAAAAGCCUGAGUUCAUCCUUUGAUAUUGAAAAAAUGUAUUUUAACCUCCAUUUUUUUCCUUCUAAGCCAUUGAUUCAUCAAUGCUUUGCGCGGUCUCUCGCUAUCUUGGAAAUUUUUGUGUUAUUGGUUAUUAUUAUAUUUUCUGACUCAGCUAUCACUCUUGGACUGUUUCUGCUAUACUCGUUGACCUUGGCUUGCUAGUUCAGGACUUUGAUUACGCAUUACGUGAUUUUGGUGUUAUCAUGUGAACUAGACAACAUGUACAAAAGAGGACGUACUCUUAACAGCCAGUCUCGUGACUUGGUUUUGAAGUUGCACGAGUACUUUGAACGAGUCAGCAAAUAGAGGGCCUCUUUUAGAAGUUACCCAAGUACACGAACGAGUCGCACAAGCGCUUGGAAUUGGCAUAAAAACAAUUUGAAAUAUUACAAAGGAAAAGUACGGGCCCCCUGGCUGAAGAUAAUGAAUUGCACACACUACACACAGGGCUACAAAAUCAUGGUGUGGAUGCCGAAUUAAAUUUAUUGAAAGCAGAACUGUUCAAAUUAGUUAUUUUGGCCUCACAGGUUUAUUUUGUUUGUUAGUCAAACAAAAGAAACCUGUGAGGCCAAAAUACGCCAUCGAUGAGUUUGCACAGGAACAUGGGCAUAAAAUUAUAAGGACCCCACCAUACCAUCGUCAAUACAAUGCUAUAGAGAUGAUUUGGGCUCAAGUUCAAGGCUAUGGUGCACGUCAAAAUACAAAACCUUCAUUCACCAC